AAAAAUAAAAAAUAAAAAAAAGAAAAAUAAGAAAAAAAAUUUAAACCGGGCCGAAAUAAACUGGAACGAGCUUCGCCGUUGACGUCAUUAUGUGCCACACUUAAGUCGUGUGCACGGUGCGUGGUGUAUCAGGCCAUUGCACGCCAUUGUGCCGAGCCGGGUCUGAAGACUCGUGACCUGCGUAUUGGACCCGGGGGCGCAAUCUGGGCAAGAGGACUGCGUUGAUUGGCUGUCGGACCAUCACACUGUGGGAACGUCUAGAUGCUAUGGUUCUCACACUGGCUUCCCGCAUGCUUCACUGACCUCAUAUAUAUAGCAUCAUGCAUUCCCAUACAUGUAGUCAGUUGAUUGUGUUGCGUCGCCGCUAUUAUUUUGGAUUUAUAAUAUGUUUACUGUGAUACCGAAUGCCUUUAGAUGUUUCUAGUAGGCCAAAGAAUGCCAGCUGAAAAAUCCAACAUGAAAACUAGCGAAAAUAGAAGGGCAACUAAGCCCAUUAUGGAAAAGCGUAGAAGAGCUAGGAUUAAUCAGUGCUUGAGCGAACUAAAAACACUUAUUUUAGACGCCUUAAACAAAGAUCCGUCCAGACAUUCCAAAUUAGAAAAAGCCGAUAUUCUAGAAAUGACCGUCAGGUACUUGCAAAACGUGCAAAGACAACAAAUGGCAGCUGCCAUUUCUACAGAUCCUACAGUCCUUAACAAGUUUCGUGCCGGUUUUAACGAAUGUGCGACCGAAGUGAGCCGUUACGUGAGUCGAAUCGAGGGGGUGGAUCCGGCCCUAAGACAACGUCUCCUCAAUCACCUGUCUCAUUGUCUCAACGGUCUCAAUUCUACACCGCCCUUUUCCACGCAAGGUGCAGGAACUAUGGCCUUUCCCGGUAUGAGCCCACAGUUCUCCAAUGUACUCAACCCUCUGCAAUCUCUCAGCCUUCAGAUACCAGCGGGUGUACCUGCCUAUCUCAACAGAUCCGAUGUGAAUAAUAACUCGACUAAUUCGACCCUAUCGCCGUCUUCCAGUAGUAAACUAUUCAAUGGUUUACCAUUGAUACCAACACGUCUACCUAACGGGGACUUUGCAUUCCUACUUCCAAGCCAGUCCCUAUCCACAUCUAGUGAUCAGUUAUCUAACACGGAACCCUCUCAGCUCGGUUCGUGGUCUUCUUCUGUUCUAACAUCCCCUACAGCAUCGGCCAGCCCGGAUUUAUCGGAUGGAAGUGCGCUAAGCCCUACGGGUUCUGAAUCCUCGGACUUAAAUCCCCCAACAACACAGGAGCCACCCCUCAGAAGCUCUUCUACAUUCGAGCCUCGUAACGAGGUGUGCAAGGAGAGUACACCCCCGAGGAAGGACUCAAACGAAAACGGACAGGAUAACGAAAAUGUCUGGAGGCCCUGGUGAUACUAAAACAAACGGUUUCAAUGGGGGAGUGCAUUUAAGACUAUACUUUCCUAAGGACUCAAGGAUCUCAAUUGUGUUGUGCUGUAGCUUGUACAUAAUAUAUUUUUUUUUUUUUUUGCUGGGAUUCAGCUGUGUGUUGGUUAUAUAAAAAAGUGUUUUUUUUUCCUUUAAAAUUGAAGUUUUUGUGUGUUUAUUUUUAUAUACAAAAUCGUUCUGUAGCAUUAGGUCAAUCGGAAAGCACCUCCUCAAUCAGAUACACCUUGAAGCAGUUGAGUGAGGUGAAGCAAAUAACUUCCUGGAUUAAAAAAAAUUAAUUAAUUAAACG